UUUUGAGAGGCAUUUCUUCACCAGUUUGUGGAAAUCUACAACCAUGAAGUUCUUGCUUGUUGGAAUUCUCUUGUUCGCUUCUGCGACACUCCUUAAGGCAGAGUAUGAAGAUGAGGUCGAAGAGAUUGACUUUGAUGCUGAAAUGGACAUGAACGAUUAUCUGGCCAAGUGCAAAAACGAGUCAAAGAAAUGCAGGGAAGACGCUGGCGGUGACUAUCAUAAGAUUUUGCAGUGUGUAAAAGACUUUGCGAAAUGCAUUAAAGAUAACCAACCAAAACCAACCGUCCCCCCCUUCGUCCUCAAGUGUAAUGCCGAAUUAAAGAAAUGCAUGACGGCUGCUGGCGGAAGUUAUUUUAAGAAAAUGAAAUGCUUAAGAGAACUUGCAGUGUGUCUCCGUGAUAAUAGGCCCAAGUCUGACAAUGCUGACAGURAAGAUGCAGGUAGACCACGGCCAUCCCUUCCUCCUUAUCUGAUGAAAUGUAAGGCCGAGUCAGAGAAAUGCAUGAAGGCUGCUGGCGGUGAUCCUAAAAAGAAAAUGCAGUGUCGACGAGACUUCAUAAAAUGCAUCAUGGACAACCGACCACGACCAACGCUUGGACCAAAACCAACCCUUCCUGACUUUUUGCUCAAAUGUAAGGCCGAGUCAGCGAAAUGCAUGAAAGCUGCUGGCGGUGAUCCUAAAAAGAUGUUGCAGUGUCGAUUAAACUUUGUAAAAUGCAUCAGAGAAAACCGACCAACGCUUCGACCACGACCAACCCUUCCUGACUUUUUGCUCAAAUGUAAGGCCGAGUCAGCGAAAUGCAUGAAAGCUGCUGGCGGUGAUCCUAAAAAGAGGUGGGAAUGCCGAAAAGCUUUCAUGAAAUGCAUUAAAGACAACAGACCAACAAGGGCUCCUGACAGUGACAGUGAAGAUGCAAGGCGACCACGCCCAUCUGGACGUCCAUCCAGGAGACCACGCCCAUCUGGACGCCCAUCCCGGCCUCCUUUUGUUGUAAAGUGCAGAAUGGCAGCGAAAAAGUGCUUUAAAGCUGCUGGAGACGAUCUUGAAAAAAAGAAGGAAUGCCGAAAAGCUUUCAUGAAAUGCAUUAAAGAAAAUAGACCACGCCCAUCUGGACGCCCUUCCAGGAGACCACGUCCAUCCGGGAGACCACGCCCAUCCGGGAGACCACGCCCAUCUGGACGUCCAUCCAGGAGACCACGCCCAUAAUGACAACCAGUGAAGUCACACAACGAAUAAAGAAACCAUAUUAACACAUGGGAAUAUUAGUGAUUUGUGAUCUUCAAGUAGAAUAUACCAAUAAAUAGAUUCGAUGAGUCUUGA